CCCGCUGGGACCCUACUGUUGCGGCUAGUCCUCAGCCAGCCCCCCGUCAGUGCUCCAUCGCCUGCCUUUCGGUUUCCGCGACUCGACCACGACAAUGCUGUCUUCCAGUCGGGCCAUGUUGCGGCCUGCUUCCAGGUCUCGCCCGAUGGCAAAUGCCACGCGGGCUAGAGCUUGGGCUCAGCCCACCGCUCGUCGUCUGCUCUCGACCGAGUCGAGCGCCGGCGCACCCGCUCCUUCGCGGCUCACCACUGCAGUGAAGUAUGCCAAUCGCGGUUUCUGGCUCACGGUUGUGGUCGGUCUCGGAUCGUUCUACUACGUCACCACAAAAGAUCGCAACCCCGGCCCUCAGUUGGCGCACGAUCCCACCAAGAAGACGGUUGUCGUGCUUGGUAGUGGGUGGGGCGCGACCAGCUUCCUCAACACUCUGGAUACGACGGAAUACAACGUGGUCGUCAUCAGCCCGCACAACUAUUUCUUGUUCACGCCCCUGCUGCCCAGUGUAGCUGUCGGCACCUUGAGCCCACGGUCCCUUCUCCAACCUACACGAUACGUUACACGACACAAGGCCCGUUCCGUCAAAGUCAUCGAAGCCGAGGCUCAAUCUGUUGAUCCCGUCAACAAAACGGUCUCUUUCAUAGAUAACUCGGACAUCCAGGGCUCUGUCUCGUCGACCACGAUUCCUUAUGACUAUCUUGUUUACGCUGUUGGUGCCGAAGUGCAGACCUUCGGCAUUCCCGGUGUUCAAGAGCACGCUUGCUUCAUGAAGGAGCUCCAGGAUGCCGAAAAGUUCCAGCGCGUCUUCCUUGAUUGUCUCGAAUCGGCUGCCUUCCCCGGACAAUCUGAAGAGGAGAUCAAUCGGCUUUUGCACAUGGUUGUCGUUGGAGGUGGACCCACUGGUGUUGAGCUCAGUGGCGAGCUCCACGAUUUCCUCGAAGAGGACUUGAAAUCCUGGUACCCUGAACUGGCUGGCAAGAUCAAGAUCACGCUCGUGGAGGCCAUGCCCUCUGUGUUGCCCAUGUUCAGCAAGCAUUUGAUUGAUUACACGGUAUCGUCCUUCAAAGAGGACAAGAUCGACAUCCGCACACAAACGAUGGUUAAAGAAGUCAAGCCCAAAAGUGUUGUAGUGGCACUGCCGGACAAAACUGUCGCUGAAUUGCCGUGUGGUUUGGUUGUCUGGGCUGGUGGCAACAAGGGCCGCAAGAUUACCCAGGACCUGAUGGCAAAACUCCCCGCGGACCAGACUAACAAGCGCGGUAUCACAAUCGAUGGUGCGACGCCAUCCGUUCCUUCUCGUCACUCUGGACCUGACCCCGCAUCAGAAUACCUCCAGAUGAAAGGCUCGAAUGGAAGCAUCUUCGCGAUCGGAGACUGCACUUCCUCUUCGCACGCCCCGACUGCCCAGGUUGCCAACCAGCAAGGGGCCUACCUCGCCAGAAUCUUCCCGCAGAUCGUUCAGCGCGACGAGCUGCAGGCCAAUCUGAACGAGCUGGAAUCCGGCCUUGCGACUAUUCUGAAAGAGGACGAUAAGAAGCAGGUCAAGGAUGAGGCCGACAACGUCCAGCGCCAGUUGAGCAAGAUGAAGAUUCGGCCUUUCACCUACUCGCACCAGGGCACUCUGGCGUAUGGGAACUCCGUCACGCAGCGACGACAAGUUGCUGAUGAUUUUCGCAGGUACAUUGGCUCUGACAAAGCCAUUGCCGAUCUGUCUUUCUUCAACAGGAGUUUUGCAAGCGGUGGCUUGCUGACCUAUUACUUCUGGAGAAGCGCUUACCUCAGCUCUCUAUUCUCGUUGAGGAAUCGUGCUUUGGUAGCGGGAGAUUGGCUGCGGACGAAGAUCUUCGGCCGUGACGUGAGUCGGGAAUGGACCCGAUAGAUUGAUUCGUGAUAUCAGCAAGACCAUAGACUCUAUCUUACUUCUAUCAAUGUCGGAUCCCGGUAUGUCUAAUGUCGUCGUCCCGCUAGAGCCAUAGACGCUGUAGAACAUUCGCUGAAUGUGUUAUAUACAUAAGCACGACUCAGCCGUUGCUAUCUUCCUGCAUCUGUGUGCCUUUCGACAUGUCGACAGUCCUAGCGAUGUCAGCAGCUCAAAAUAACAGACUCGCUUAUGGUCGGUAGGGUCUUCUGAGUCUGGUCUCGAGAACUCCUUCUCUGGUGCUUAUGGCUGGCUGAUUAUUCAACGUUCUCGCUGUCGUCAGCCCAUUUGAAUAGUAGAACCAGUUCGAAUUGAUCGCAUGCAGAGAGAAGAUAAAUACUGUCGAGGGGCCGACAUCUGGGCUUCACUCUGUUGCCUGGAACCUCCAUGUCCGUCGAGCUGAAACUGCCGCUCAACUUGCCCGUCUACGAGACAGCCGAUACGGCAUUCGUCAGGGCACAGACCAAGAUCGAUGACGACGAGGAGUUGAAGAAACACAUCCUUGAUGUUCGGGCCAGAGCGAAUUCUGCAUAUUUUUGUGUCCAGAACUUCGGCUUCACGCGACCGAAGAUUUCGAUGCUGCCGGGGUACUCGAAAGUGCUGGAUCUGGUCCGUGAGCGCCCAGACACGAUACUCCUGGAACUCGGAUGUUGCUUUGGGGCCGAUGUCCGGAAAAUCGUGAGCGAUGGGUUCCCGGCCGAGAACAUCGUAGCGAGCGACCUCAACGCAGAAUUUUGGCCGUUAGGCCAUGAUCUAUUCAAGACGAGUCCGAGCACCCUCCCCGUCAAAUUCUUGGCAGGAGACGCGUUUGAUGCUAGCUUCUUGCAGCCGUUGCCGCCACUGAAGGAUCUUAAAGAGAUUGAUACUGCCGUCCCGACGCUCGCAGAGUUGACGACUCUGACACCGCUCCGAGGCCAUGUUUCUGCGAUUCACCUGUCGCUGGUAUUCCAUUUGUUCUCCGAGCCUCAGCAGGAACAACUCGCGCGUGCUCUGGCGGGGUUGCUCUCUCCGCGCCCUGGAUCGAUUAUCUUCGGUCAUCACGGAGCGAGCAGCAAGAAGGGGAUUUCCGAGGCGAACACGAGUGCCGGUCGGCCCAUGUUCUGCCACAGUGCCGAGUCGUGGGUUGAGCUGUGGACGUCGAUAUUUCCGGAGUCGACGGUCGUGGUGGACGCAGUAUUCAAGGGUGAAGACGGAGGCCCGUCAGAUUUCGGGAUGCUGGUUUGGUCAGUUACUAGAUUACGAUGAUUAUACAAGACGCAAGCUUGUCAGUAAGGCGCAGUUCGUCUGAUGCUGAACAGUAGCCAAAGCAUGUUACUGCUUAUCAAUUAAACGGCCUUGGAGCCCGGCGACUUGGGUGCACAGAGACGUAACUCAUCC